AUGGCAUUAGAUUAUUCCACUACAUCCACUUCACCGAUAAUGUCAUCUCAAAAUAAUAUCCCUCCUAUUUCAACUCCACCAUCAUCCUCAGCUUAUUGUUUCAUCUCUGAUAAAGAUGUUCAUUGUGUUCCUAUCAACUCAUUCAAUUCAUUUUCGGAUAACUUUUUAGCAUUAGAUAAUACUGCUAAACAAAAUGAUGAAGCAGAUUAUACUCCCGAUAAAUUAUAUCUUAAAAAUAAAAAUUUAUUAUACAGUUUGAAUAAUCCAUCGUUAUCUGAUUUAGAAUUAGAAUCUCCAACUUUAGUUAAUGCUCAACUUAAUACUGGAUCACCUCCAACUCCAAUUCAUCAUUUAUCAACUUCAUCGAUUGUAAAUGGUAACAGUCAUUUUCAACAAACUCCUCUAACUACUAUUACGAAACCAUCUAAUGAUAUCAACUUACCUGCUAUAAUCAAUAACUACUCCACCCAUGCUAUCUAUUUACCUCGAUUAAUCGUCAACUUAUCAGAAAACUUGACCACUGAAUUUAAAGAAUUAAAAGCUUUAUUAAUUAAGAUUUUCCCAACUUGGUCUCCUGAUGAUAAUAUAACUUUAAAACAAUUGACUGGAGGUAUAACCAAUAUGUUAUUAUCCUGUACUAAUCAUCAAUUGAAUGUUACAGUCUUAAUAAGAGUUUAUGGUCAUGGUACAAAUUUAAUCAUUGAUCGUCAUCGUGAAUUCAUCCUGCAUCUUAUCCUUAAUUCUAUUGGAUUAGCACCACCUAUUUAUUCCAGAUUUAAAAAUGGUUUGGUAUAUGGUUACUUAUCAGGUAGAUCAUUGGAACCUAAUGAAUUAUCCAAUGAGAACUUGUUCCCGUUGAUUGCUCAAAAUUUAGGUAAUUGGCAUAAUCGUUUAGAUUAUAAAUUAAUUGAAAAUGGUGUAGAGAAAUUAAGAACUUUCUCAAUGAAUUUAAAAUUAAAAUUAAAAGCCAGUAAUCCAACAACCACAACAAGUACAACUUCAACUUCAUCUAAUACUUCAUCUCAUACUAAAACUAAAAAAUUCAAGAAAAAAUUCAUAUCGAAUGUAUGGGAAUUACUUGAAGAUUGGAUUGAUAUCGUUCCUAUAAAUCCUGACCUUAUAUCUUCAUUCGAUGGUAACUUACCGCAUGAAGUUACCAAAGAUAAUUUGAAAUCAAUCAUCAAAGAAGAAUUCUAUUGGUUGAAAGAUAACCUUAUCAAAUCAAAUUCUCCCGUCGUGUCGUCUCAUUGUGAUUUAUUAUCAGGUAACGUUAUUAUCCCUGAUGAUUUCGAUAUGGAUAAACCAAUCACGGAAUUACCCCCAAUCGAAGAGAACCCUAUCAGAUUCAUUGAUUAUGAAUAUAUGUUACCUGCUCCUCGAGCUUUUGAUAUUGCUAAUCAUUUUGCGGAAUGGCAAGGAUUCAAUUGUGAUAGAAGUGCCAUCCCAACUCCACAUAAAUCAAACUUAACCUUGGUGAAAUGGGUUAAGGGAUACUUGGGAGAUCUCAACGCCCCAAUGGAUCAAGUGGAAGAUUUGAUUGAAGAAAUUGCUACUUUUUACGGAUUACCUGGUUUUUAUUGGGGAAUUUGGGCUAUGAUCCAAAGUGAACUUUCAAAUAUCGAUUUUAAUUAUUCCAAUUAUGGAAAAUUAAGAUUGGAAGAAUAUUGGGUUUGGAAAGGUCAUUAUUUAAAAAAACAACAACAACAACAACAACAAAAAUAA